ACCUUCCCGGGCAGUUCGACGUUGUCAGGUUGUCUGCAACGUGUAACGUUUGUCGAUGACGGUUUCCAAAAAGCGUGUCGAUCCGUUUGUUGUCCAGUCCGUAGUCUCAUUAUCCGUUUGUCCGCCUCCGAGUCUCUUGGGUCCGUCGUACUUCGCUCCGAUCUCAGCCAAUUGAAAGCCUCAACAGAAAGAAAAUAAGAAGAACAAAAAUGUACAAAAUCCUCGUUUUAAUCGCGCUUUACGGUGUCGCCUACGGCUCAGCUACGUGCACCAACCCGGAGGUGACCGCGACUUCUUACACGACGAAAGACGGCACCGUCAUCACCAACGUCGCAUUUGUCGCUGAAUUCACAUUGAAAUGCUCCAACGGGGCCUCCGAUCUUCCACUCUACGCCGAGAUCAACGGCAAGACAUUCCCAGCAGUUCAAUUCGACAAAGACCACUAUCAGGUCAGUUGGGUCGAUGAGAUCAGCAAAGCCAGGAGUGGAACUUAUACAAUCAGCCUAUACGACGAAGAAGGCUAUGCCUUGCUCAGGAAGGCGCUCAGGAAUGCUGAGGCCCCCUCCAAAGUCAGCCCCCUUUUCAAAGUUGAACUCUUCCACCCUGGGACGUACCAAGGCCCUUGGCUCAACUCAGAAUUCCUGGCAGUCACUCUAUCCGUCAGCGUGUGGUACUUGGCUUUCUCCGCCAAAUCGAAAUUACUUUUGUAAUUGACUGUUUUCAUACUCAAUAAAUUAUUUUUGUUAUGAA